AUGCCGGCCUCGCCUUCGCCCCCCGACCACCAGCAGUUCAUCUACCCGACAGCUCCCACAUCUUUCCACGAUGACGACCGCUCAUCCGUCUCCAGCGAUGACGAGGGCGAUGCCUCGUCCGGCGCCUCCGACCCCGUGCAGCGCCGCCGCCAGAUAAGAGCCAAGCAGAUUGUGCGCUUCGUGUCUCUCGUCUCCGCCACCAUCGCGGCCCUCUGCGCCGGCUCCAUCGUCGUCUUCUCGCUCUACGCGCCCAAGUUUUUGUCGCGGCUGCACUACACGCAAUUUCAGGUCAACGGCGUCGCCAUCGGCAGCUCGCUCGCCCUCUAUCUGCCCAUAUCCAUCAUGGGCUACGUUUGCGACCGCGUGGGCGUCGCGCCGCUGGCCCUGCUGUCGGCGGUGCUGUUUGGCGGCGGCUACGGCCUGGCGGCGGGCAUCUACAAGAAGCUCGACUACGAGUACAACACGCUGGGCAAGUCCCACGGCGCCGAGAACGGCUGGUCGUAUCCGCUCAUGGUGCUGGCCUUCAUCAUGAUCGGCGCCGGCACCUGUGCCAUGUACAUCAGCUCCGUGUCGACGUGCGCCAAGAAUUUUGGCAAGGGCAAGUAUAGGGGACUGGCCCUGGCCAUGCCCAUCACCGGCUUCGGCCUCAGCGGCAUGUGGCUGAGCCAGUUUGCCAGCCGCUUCCUCUACGAGAAGAACCCUGACGGUUCCAAGGGCGACGUUGACGUGUUCCGCUUCUUUGUCUUCUUGGCCGCGCUGCUGUUUGUCAUUGGUAUUCUGGGCGUCUUCACUCUCAAGGUUGUCGACGAGCAGGACCUGAUUGAGGAAGCCAUUGAGGAACUGGAGCAGAGCGGUCUUCUCGAUGGAAGCUCCCUGCUCGCGCGGUCCGAAAGCCGGAGGUCCGUCUCGGGAUACGGCGCUAUUCCCGCUGAUGCCGAGGAGGAUGGUGAGGAAAACGCCGGCGACGAUGCGCGGUGGAAGAAGAACUGGGUGCUCAACGCAGAGACGCGCCGCUUCUUGGGCGACCACACCAUGUGGCCGUUUGCACUGGCUUUCCUGCUCAUGAUUGGCCCGGGCGAGGCCUUCAUCAACAAUCUGGGCACCGUCAUCGGCACGCUCACGCCUCCCAUCACCGAGGACGUCAACCACAAGACGUCGGCUGCCACGCACGUUUCGGUCUUUGGUGUUACCAGCACCCUGGCGCGCCUCAUGAUUGGCACUCUGACGGAUAUCCUGGCUCCGGCGCCAGAGACGCAGCACAUCCAGGUCGCUCCCCAACGCCCUGCAUCUCCGCUCAAGCGCUUUGCCAUUUCGCGCGUCGUCUUUAUGCUUUUCUUUGCGCUUCUCCUCGCGAUUGGUCUUUUGUUCCUCGCCAGCGGUGCGGCUCAGAACCAUGCUGAUCGAUUCUGGAUUGUGUCUGGUCUUGUUGGGGCCGGCUACGGUGCCAUCUUUAGCCUGACGCCGCUCAUUGUGACCAUUAUCUGGGGCGUCGAGAACUUUGCUACCAACUUUGGCAUUAUUGCCAUGCUGCCCGCUUUCGGGUCGACCUUUUGGGGCCUCGUCUAUUCGGCGGUGUACGAAGCUGGGGCACGGCACACGACCGUCCCGUCACACCUUGGUGGCGAUCACGGCGACGGUGGUGACGGCGGCUCCGAUGAUUCUGUUUGCUACGGGAAGCACUGCUACGCGGCCACUUUUUGGGCCGAGGGGCUCUGCGUUAUCGCUGCGUGCUUUAUGCUGCUGUGGGCUUGGAAGGGCAAGGGAGGCUGGAGCCAGCGAGGCAUCGUGAUAUAG